AUGGCAGUACGGUUCACAAAGCCUAGACCAGGAAGCAGAUACAAGGAUCCCGCCGCGGUAAAGCACUUGUACCGACAGGCCAAGCUCACAGGGGCUGAGAGCGACUGGAAGGUUGCACACAAGGCUAGACGGAAGGCACAGGUGGAAUGGCGUACUGCCAAAACAGAACAGGCUGCUUCGGGAAAUUGGCAAGAGUACAAGAACCUCAAAACAAAGGGAGGAUCAGAGUGGACGGUGCACUUUGUCCAAGCAGCAGAAGACAACAAACAGGACCCCAUGAAAUGGACGGUCGGGCACUUCCGUCUUCUAUUUCAAAAAAAAGGACCCCGACACCCCCCUGAGUGGAACAAAGAUAUCGACACGGGUGAACACUUCACACUGCAGGAUCUAAGAGAAGCCAUCCAGAGAGGUAGACACAACAAGUCGGUAGGAGAAGACCUGGUCUCCUUUGAACUGCUGCAAGGGUUAUGCGAGGAUCCCUCUACCGAGGAAGCCUUUCUUCAGUGGAUGGAAAGACUAAGGUGCGGUGAAGAGCUACCUGAGGCAUGGCUUCGGACAGUGGUUACGCUUUUACCUAAGACCGAAAAGCCACGAGGGCCAGGAGAUUUAAGGCCCAUCAGUGUCGGGGCAGCAGCGGCCAAGAUCUUUGGCACUAUGCUGCUCAUGCGAACGAGGCGACAUCUGCAUCCAUUGGGACCAGCUCAAUGCGCUCACAAUGGAAGGCAAACAUGCGACUACCUGUUUGCAGCUGUCAAAAGCUUCGCCCUGGAUACUGAGUGGAAACUGGGUCUGAGCUGGUGCAGAAUUGACAUCAGAAAGGCCUUCGACACAUUGGGGCGAGAUCGAACUCUACAGAUCCUGCGUGACCGCCUUCCUCCCCACAUGUUUCUGGAAUACAAAUGCUGGGAGAGACUCUUCUUCGAAGGCACCGCAGUACUUAGAACCCCGUGGGGGGAUGCCACCAUUCCCCAAGGGAGAGGAAUACGCCAAGGAUCAGUAGAAAGUCCGUUCUUGUUCGCCAUCGCGGUUGAGACAGCCUUAUACGAUGCUAUGAACCGGCCCACCUGGCCAUCUGCCAUACCAGCAGCACCAGACAUGCCACUGGCCGAGUUGCUCUUCAUGGACGACACUUUACUAUGGUCCAGCUCGAAAGACACGAUGGUCCUCAAAUACGACUUGCUGCGAGAAGAACUCCUCAAAUGGGGGCUCAGAGUAAACCCCGAGAAGACAGCAUACUACCACUCGCCUCACUCCUUGACGCCGGGGCCCAUUACCCUAAGCGAAGAGAUCAUUCAGCCGGCCGCGAACCUCGCAGUGUUCGGAAUUCCCUUGGCAGUGCCACUACGACCCACCGAACUCAUGGACACAGCCAUGGCCAAAGCCACCAAGAAGUUCUACGCGAACCUAGAGGUUUUCACAGCCAGGAGACAUGGCUUGAAUUCCGCCUACGGUCGCUCAGAGGCCAUUGUAAGCCCUGCAAUCAUGAACAUGUCGCCCAUGCCGCUCGUGAUGAUCGCGCAGGCGAUGCUCUUCGGAGAUGUCCAUGCUGGGGCAGAGCAGAUGGUAAUUCAGCACCUCGACCGAGAAGAUUACAACGACAUGACACCUCGCCUGACAAAGACCUUCGCACACCAGCACUACGACCCGGACAACCUCAACCUUCGCCGCAAGAUCACGGCCCAGAAGCUGCACGAGCAGACCAUGACCUCUGGCAGAUACGACCACGUGGCACCCGCGACUACACAGGCCACGAUGAAGGGAGAUCCCACCCACCACUUCGGCCUGGACUACCCCAACAUCCGCCGCAAGACCAAGGCCACAAAGUUGCUCGAGCCCGGGGGCAACAACGAGGAAACGAUCAUGCACAAGACCUUCUACGAGAUGAGAUGA